UACUUAAACCUUUAGCUAUGUAGGAUGCUCUGGCGCAGGAUUAACAAAAAUUUGCAAAUACUUUAGGUUUUGCUUAAAACAUUGAUAUUUAAAGACUAGAAGAUCUGAGGGCUAGCAUAUAGUUGCUUCCUAUCAGUUUCAGUGUUGCUGAUGACUGUCGUCAGCUUUCCAAAGCAUUCUGAAACCAAUACCAGCUUUCCCUUGAAAUAUUAAAUACCAGUGUUACUGGGGUGACCCACUCAUAGGAAAAAAUCUUGCAAAUGGGAAGAGUAUAUUUUGAAAGCUCAAAACCCCAAUGGGAUACAGAAAGAAUAUAUUUCCAUUUAAGAAACUCAGUAAUUUAAAGCAAAUUUCAGUACUUGGGAUGCACCACUUUGAAUCAUCUAUUUUCUGAUAUUUAGGUUUUACAACACUGCUACACAUUCUGCUUAUGGUGGUGCCUAAUCCAGUAGUGUAUUAACCCAAGUUCAGUUCUGUUGUGUGUUUUACUGGGGGCUCUUCUCCACUAGUCUUUAAUCUCUAAUAUUUCUUGAAAUGCUAUGUAUUUCAUAAAACAUGUUGCACUUUUUAAAAAGUGCAGUUAGAAUAUUAAUAUUUAAUAGUCCGGUUAUAAGGACCCUACAUUGCAUCACUACAUCCGGACUUGUAGAAUUAAUUGCUGUAGCUGGGAUGAUUAUCUAGGGAGAAAAAAAAACAUUCUUCCAAUUGGAAUUGUUCUGAACUAGAUUUGUUGUCAUAAUGCUAAUGUGUGUGGACUGAUGUUAGACUGUUAAAUGGAAGCAGCUUUUUUUUUGCACAAAAAUUCAAUCCUGUGCUCAUUGAAGUAGGGGAGUAUUUUAGCCUUGGUUUCAUUCUGCAUGAUACUGCAACUUGUUUUGAAAUCUAUCUGCCUGUUAGUUUUUGGUUUAAAAAGGAUCAAAUAGAAACAAGGUUGAAUUUUUCAGGAUCAGCUGAAAUAUUUUUUCAGUGUCAGUUUAGUGCUUAAGUCCCUUAGCUGUCUUUGGGAAAUCUAAUCCGCAUGCUGGGAAAAACUCAUUGUUAUUUGGAUCCCGCAUAUCAAAGUUUGUAAACAGCACCGGAAUAGAUAAUACGUAUCAGUGCGGUGAUUUCAGAUCAUAUAAAAACUGUCUAACCCACUUUGUCUAGGAGAAAAAUUGAAACACAGACAUUUAAACACUCGACCAAAGCCAUGAAGCACAAGUCGAAUGCUACCAAUUUAUAUGUGCUGGGACUGCAAGUAUCAAACUUUGUGACCACUUUGAAGUGCUUUGAAAUGUGGAGAUGUAAUAUUUUCUCUCCUUUUUUUAAACAUGGAGAGAAAAAUAAUUGCUAAUGCUUGCGAGUAGGUUUACUUCCUUAGAACUUCCAACUAAUUUAUAACACUUUGUGAAGUGGUUUUCUUAAUGUCAUUCAAAGCAGAGUAAAGUAACAAGUUGAACUUGCAUUUUCCUUUUCUACCCCCAACCUUUUAGCUUAGCCUGUAAAACCAGAAAUUAAAAAAUUGGAUAAACAGUGCAAAAGUAGGCUGGGAUUCUCAUCACUUCUGUUCGAGAGCAUUUGCCUUCUCUCCCUCUUAUCCUCACCCUGCCUGCUCUUGCUCCCUCACUGUCUUAGCAACAAGAUUCACUGGCUGACUGUAGCUAACUUGUCUUCUACCCCCUCAAACCAAUUAGUUCAUCUAUUUAAAUCAUGCAUCAAAGAAGCCUGCCCCCUUUGAGCACACAGCUCACUUAGGGCUCAAUCCUACAAUCUUCAAUUUUUAAGGCAGCAAGAGUUUGCAAUUGACUCAAAUUAUGUGAGGAUCAGACCUUUUAUAUUCUAAUUUCUUUAUAAAAUCUGUAGCCUGAUGAAGAAGGUGCUGAUGCUAUCACUGUUUUCCUUCAUCUACCUUUUUCUUUAUUUGAAGAACACAACAAUAUAGGGAAAAGUCCUUAAAUAAUGGAGAAAAUAACUAAAACAUCUUCUAUUCACAAAACAUCUUGUAUUCACAACUGCUGCUUAUUCAUUAUCUGUUCUAGAAAAUUGCAAAAAUUGGAUUUGGUGAACAAUCAGAGCAUUGAGUAGAAAACUCAGAGCAUCCAGGAGAAAACAGCAUUGUAGUAGUAAUGACUACAGCAUGCCUUUUUGUCAAAGCUUUUAAUCAAAAUCAUGAACCCAUCAACAGUCUUUUAGGGCAUAUUUUAACGAAAUGCUACACGUUGCACAGAUCUCAGAAGGAAGCCUUCUGCUCUUUUUGCAUUCCUAACAACCUUUGACAUAACGAGGUGUGACAAAUUGAUUUAAAAUGUAGUUGCAGGAAGAAGGGCAGGCAAGCUUUGCUCUGCCUUGUGGGUGUUGUAGUCUUCGUGCAGCCUCUCUGCCUGGGCAGCAAUAGGAACCUGGACUCUAAGUCCCAUAGCUCCCACUAGAGUCUACCGCACAGGCUCAGAGCCCAUAUGCGAGGAGGGGGUGACUACAUUGUGUCUAUUGUAUGUUUUUUUGGUUUGGUUUGGUUUCGGUUUUUUUUUCCCCUGGCAUUUUGCACAUUUCACCGGAGGUGUAAAGCGGGAGUAAAAAGCAUGGCAGAUGAGCAAGAAAUAAUGUGCAAACUCGAGAGCAUCAAGGAGAUCAGGAAUAAGACUUUGCAGAUGGAAAAAAUCAAGGCACGACUGAAAGCAGAAUUUGAAGCCCUGGAGUCUGAGGAGAGGCACCUGAAAGAAUAUAAACAGGAAAUGGACCUGCUGCUGCAAGAGAAGAUGGCCCACGUGGAGGAGCUGCGACUGAUCCAUGCUGACAUUAAUGUGAUGGAGAACACUAUCAAGCAGUCUGAGAACGAUCUUAACAAGCUCUUGGAAUCUACUCGCCGGCUGCAUGAGGAGUACAAGCCCCUAAAGGAGCACGUAGAUGCCUUGCGAAUGACUCUGGGAUUGCAGAGGCUGCCAGACCUAUGUGAAGAGGAAGAGAAACUGUCCCUUGACUACUUCGAAAAGCAGAAAGCAGAAUGGCAGACAGAACCACAGGAGCCUCCCAUCCCAGAGUCUCUGGCUGCAGCUGCAGCAGCUGCCCAACAGCUGCAAGUAGCUAGGAAGCAAGAUACCAGACAGACAGCAACUUUCAGACAGCAGCCACCUCCAAUGAAGGCGUGUUUAUCAUGUCAUCAACAAAUCCAUCGGAAUGCGCCCAUAUGUCCACUCUGCAAAGCAAAGAGCCGAUCUCGGAAUCCCAAAAAGCCCAAGAGGAAACAGGAUGAAUGAAAUCCAGAAGAUUGAAAAGCUGUGUGACCUGUCCCAGUACUCUUCCAGUAGAACUGCAAAUUUGCCCAAACUUUACUGAAUUGCAGGCUCAAGUAUGACCAUCUCAUUGUUUUCUAUUUAAAUGCAAUGUAAGCACAAUGUUCCUGCUCUAAGUUCCUUCCAGUCUUUAGGAUUUGGUUUUAGGAGACUAAAUAUUACUGGUGCUACAGUUUAACAUUUCAAUUGUUCCAUCUUUUGUACUCCUAAACAAACUGGAAUUCUUUGUGCAAGUAUCCUAAAUGUCAGGCUAUUUCUAUUGACCAAGUGUGAUUACCACAAAUGCUUUUUUGUUCUCUUCUUAAAAAACAGAUGUUAGUAAAAGAUUAUUCUGUUUUCUCCUGACAACAGGAGACUUAUUUGAAGUGCUGAAAUAGCAGACUGUCUGUUUGUUUCACUGAAGAACAAUUUGUUUUCCAAUCUCAUAAGACUGGGUAGGUUUGGGUAUGCAAUGGAACUCUUUUUAAACAGGAAAUGUUCAGGGAAAACGAGAUUUGUUAUACAGAAAAUCAAUGCAUUAAUGACACACGUGGGUUUUGAUUUACUGAAGUUCGAUUGUACCGUUCCCUCAAACUUGACUUAAAACUUGGAAAGGUGCUGGCUGUGUAUAAAUUUCUAAAAAUGAUGUAAUUUGUAAUGCUUUAACAUCUUAACAGGUUAUUAUUUUCAGCAGUCAAAAGACUGAUUGACUUAAGAACAAGGCUGAAAUGAACUGUAUCAGUGGUCCUCCCUGGCUCUAUGGCCAACCAGCACACUGUGGUUCUCUAGGAAACAGGCAUGACAUAUCUCAGAUCUCUAUGUGCACAGACUGCACAUCAGCUAUUCUGCACGUCUUCUGUUCCUGGUUUCUACAGCCAAUAUCUGGCAGACAUAUCCUCCACUGGCGCAUAGGAAAGUUUGGGAACAUGCAUGAGGAACAGUGUCAGCUAAAAAUUGUGUAUUUCACCAGAGACAACAAGCUUUGGUGUCAUUGUCUUCCCUCAAACAAAACUUCUAUUUUUUUGUCUUUUAAUAGGUCAUUUUCAAAUAAGCUUUACUUCAGGCCAGUUUGUUUUCUUGUUCCCUGUGAGCCAAAAGAGCCCUGACUAAAGCAUCUGGAGUAGAUCACUCCCUGUCUGUCUUCCCUUUGUCUCAUGCAGUGUAACAACAGUUCUUCCAAUGGGGAGGAUGGCAGUGCCCCACUUACAGAACUGGCACUUAAAAUUUACUCAUCUCUAAUCCAAGUUUUGUGACCACUUUUGUUGCCUAAAUUGAUCUAAAGUAUUAAAUAUUCUUUUCACUAACUUUGGGAUGCAGGAAGUGCUUGUUCACAUUCUUCUCUCUUUAGCCCAGAUUUCUCUCUACUAUUAUGUUAAAGUGGUUAUAUUGGGAAUUUGGCUUGUUAGAUAGGAAAAACAGGGAAGCCCCAAGUCUCUGCUCAGAACUUUGCCAAACACUGACAACUGUAAGAAAUCCACAUGAUGCAGUUUUGCUGGCCAAAUCACAUACGUCACCAUUAAUUUCCUAAGUCUGCCACAAAGUACACAAGUCAUUUACUUAAUAUAGUCCUAAAACUUAAGCCAGGUUCAGGAGAUACUCCCCCAUUUUAAUGUCAAAUAAAGUCAAAUAAACAUCCGUCAACAGCAGACAGAAUGUGGACCACCUGCCCCUGAAAUUAUGUGAAGUGCAGAUUCUGCUAGCUGAAUUACAGGGAUUUGGUCUCAGAUAGCAAUAAUGGAAGAUAGUCUGACUCCAUGCUCCAAAUGGCAAUAGUGUGUUAUGCAUGUUUUGUAGCACAAAUACUGGAUUCUACUGUUUUAAAUGUCAAAGUGUCCACAUGCUGUGUGCCCUGUUCAGAGCAAUUCCUAUGGAGUUGAAGGUAAAAUGCACAGAGUUAAAAGUAUGUGGGCUUCCCAAGGUGCAUACAUGAGAGGAGCAUACUUUGAUGGUAGUUGUACAUAAAUUUAAGAAGUAGUGACAAUGGAGUGGGUGAAUGGUCUGCAAUGAAGUAGUGUGAAUAGAAGGAUUAAUUUGUAGACACUUCAACUUACAGUUCUGAAAUAGGUAGGGUUAGUCAUAGUUGUUCUCACUUCGCUGUUAUUUUGCCAGGUUCUUUCUUUCUUGGGAGAUCUCUGAACUUAAGUAUACUUAAGGAUGCACCAUUUACUAAUUUAGUACAAGAGUUUUGUAUUUUUACUUUUUUAAACUAGUCUCAUGUGCUCUUGUCGUUUUACAAGGUGAGGGUUUUUUGUUUUAAGUGAAUAUUAAAUACUGUAUUUGCAUCAAUUGUACUAGUAUUUACAAAUUUUCACAUCCUUUAUGAAGUUCUGCCAUAUGAAAAGCAUGCAGUGCUGAGAGUGAGUGUAACUGAAGAUAAGUCAGCAGGAUGCCAUGGCUGCCAAAAGGGCCAACCAUGACCUGGGGUGCAUUAAGCACAGCAUUGCCAGCUGAUUGUCUCACUCUACACUGCACUGGUGAGGCUUUGAGUACUGGGUGCAGUUUGGGAUGCCUCAGUGCAAGAAGGACACCAGACUGUUACAGUGUUCUACAGAUGUGUGACCAAGAUUACAAAAGGUCUCAAGGACAAGACCUCUGAGGAGUGCCUGAGGACACUUGGCAUGUUCAGUCUGGAGAAGAGAGGGCUGAGGAAUGUCAUGCAGCCUACAACUUUCUCAGGGGGGAAGCAGAGGAGGAGGUGCUGAUCACCCUCUGAUGACCAGCAGCAGGAUACGAGGAAAUAGAAUGGAGCUGGAUUGAGGGAAGUUCAGACUGGACACCAGGAAAAGGUUAUUCUUCGAGAGAGUGGUCAGUCACUGGUGCAGUGACCCAGGGAAGUGGCCAAGGCACCAAGCCUGUCAGGGUUUGAGGAGCACCUGGAUGACACUCUUCACCAUACAGUUUGAUGCUAGGUAGCCCUGUGAGGAGCAGGGAGUUGAACUUGAUGAUCCUUAUGGGUCCCUUCAUGCUUGAGAUAUUCUAUGAUUCUAGCUCUUUCAAGGAGAUAAAAUAUGUAUGAUGUAUUAGGGGACCAUGGGGUGGGGGCAGGGAGGGAAGCAGUAUCUUUCAUAGGGAAAGAGUAUUCUUUUCUCUCACGGAAUAAUGACAGAAGUUUAACUGAAGAACUCUUCUUGUGACAGCCCCAGGCUCUUUUCUCCCAGGCAACUUUCUCAAGAGACUGGAGGAAUAAUUACAAAAUAUUGAUUUCUUGGUUUUCAGACAGAAGAGGAAGCUGUCUGAAGUACAGUUCUUACCACAAGUCUACUGCAUUUUUGUUUCAUGGAGCAACAAUGGCUUCUUCCUUUGUAUCUAAAGUCUUUGUGGAUACUUCUUCACUUAGUUUAAAUUUAUUCUUCUUUUUAAAUUUAUUCUUAGAGCCACAAUGAGACCCUCCUCAAAGCUUAGAAGACUUUUAUAUUACUAAAGUCUGGUUUAACCCUGUCUUUGUCAUUUGAUUUUUAAAAGGGUAUCCAAGUGACAACAAAAUAACUGGAUUCUCUUGGUAUGGAUGGCUUCCAGGGUCUUUUCCUGAUUCAUCAUUUGCCUUGAAGAAUAGUCCUGUUGUUCUGCAACCAAACAGAAAAAAACCAAAUAAAAUCCCAAGCCUUUCACCCUGCCACUGACCUUAAGCUCACCAUAAAAGGUUGCAAACACUGUACUGUAUCUAAAUGCUUUGCUAUAGAAAUUUUCAUACCCAAGCUGGGGUGGAUCAGUUGUCCAAACUUUAGUGCCAAGGACACCAUUAAUUACAGAGAAAAUGUAAGGCAAAUUUAAAUACUUGCACUUCCUGAAUUCGACUGUAGCUUUCUAAACAGGACCCUGACUGAACCCAACAGUGGCUUCAAUUUACAUAAUCUAAAUUUGAAAGAAUAGACAUUGUUACUUUAGUCAGUGUUACAAUAGACAGUGUUACUUUAAAAAGCAUACUAUUCAAGAAAUUAAGACUUCACUAGCACUUUAAAUAAAUAAAAGUGCUUUAUUCCUUUAUUGUACAGUUUUCUAAUGCCUCCAGCAUAUGUUUUCAUUUUAGUAUUUAGAUAUUCUAGCAAUAUCUGGUGUUUUCACUGGCUUGUGUGUUUUAAGUAUUUUACUCCUGUGCCUUGUAGGAGUAACAGUGUGAGACCUGUUUAAUUUGUCUGUACAGUCCUUUUUAAUAAAUGUUUGUUUCAUGUCA